AAAAGUACAACAGGCGGGGUUUCCCGUCGGACACGGAAGCCGAAGCCGCGGUGUUUUAAAAAGUUUGAACAAACUUUGCGACAACCUCAGAGGUUAUAUUUUUCGCAUAUGGCAAAUUCGGUCAACCUUUUGAAUGUAUUUACACGGAAAUGUCACUUUAGGUUAAACGUCCUAGCUGUUGUUUUAUAGUCUUCUCACGUUCUGAAUACUGAACCUUUUGCAGAGGUGCGUUUGGAUUACAUCCAGAAACUUCAGGUAGCGCUAGCAAAGAUUGGGCAGGCGUUGCAGGCGGUCUUCGUUGGUGCCAGUUAGCUAUUGUGACUAGGUAGGCUUAGUUUUAUGACUGUGUAGUACAAUUUCGACUUGUUUAGCUUUCUUAAGGCGCAUCUCAGAAAUGCCCCGUGUUGACAACGCUGGAGCGCCCGACGGUGGUGUCAGGUUGGCGACUGAGCCUUUAGCUCGAAGGCUAAUGUUUGCGCACGGGUUAGACAAGGAUGUAAGCAGCCAUGAACUUGAUCGAACAGACUUUCAGAGAGCUUCUCUCCACGAAACAUCUCAGCAAGGAAUGUCUAUGUCAAUUAAGUCAUCUCCACAGCAAAAAUACAAGGAUGACAGAAAGCAAUGGCCCGCCCGUAUACUAUCAAUACUCCUCUGCGUCAUCGUUGUGUCUGUCAUCGCGUUGUUUUUUGCCUUUAUCUAUGUUAUUUUAAAAGAGCUUAAAGCAGAAAAAAUAAUAAGAGAAGACGGAACAGAAGUCAGACUACUAGGGUUUUGGAGUUUGUUGAUGCUCUCCUCAUUGGCUGGGAUCUCCUGUUGCAGCUUCUCCUGGACGCUUACCUACUUUGACUCCUACGACCCCGGCACGUUUCCUCCAACCUCCCUGUCUUCCUCAAGAUUGAGGCGAAUGACUGGACACUCCUUCCAUAUGGGUUACAGUGUGGCUAUUCUCAAUGGCAUUGUUGCCGCAUUCACAGCCAUGUGGUGUCUCUCCUGAUGCCCAGGCAACGUCACUGCUUUAACCACAACCCUUGCUACGCCAGUGCAGUGAUUUGUAUAAAGUGCCUUCUAGCGGCUUAAGAAACCACAGUGUUUGUUUUAUUAAGUGCCUUUAGAAUGUAAUGUUGAAUGUUGUUGAACACUGAUCCUAUGAGAAUCACCUAUAUGUGUGUGAGUGUGUGUGUCAGAUAAUUCAUCCUGUGUACAAUAAUCAGGUUUUUUUAAAUGGAAAGUGUUCAUUUUUAGUUGUGUAGUUGCAAUGACAAGCCUGUACUUUGUUUAAGAAGUGACAUGCACAAUGAGAAGCUUAGGACUGAUUUCUCUCAAAUGAUGUUGUUGUGUUAGGAUGAAUAUAAUUAAGUGUAGUUUAAAAUGCUGUGUAAUUUGCAUUCUCAGUAUUUUCAUGUACUCCUUUGAUGUUUAAU